AUGGCGGAGCACUUUGAGUCGCUGACGCUGGGCAGCGGUGGCCCCGGCAGCGCGGACGCCAUUGACAUUAGCGUGCUGCCGCGGCCGGCGGGGCCCGACCGGGAGCGCGCGCGCGCAGCUGCGCCGCAGUUCGACCGCGGCAGCUGCUCGCCCCACAACAUGCGGCCAACGGUCAACGCGCUGCCCAACAGCACAGCGCUGCGCGCGCGCUGGCAGCUGCCGCUCGGCGUGGUGGUGCGGCCCAUGGGCGAUGAGGGCGUGGGCAACGAGGUCCCAGUCAUCCCGCUGGGCCCGCAGGGCAUCGUCCGCUGCCGCCGCUGCCGCACCUACAUGAACCCCUUCUGCUCCUGGGCAGACGGCGGGCGGCGGUUCAAGUGCAACCGGGCGGCGGCGGGACGCGGAGGAGCGGCCGGAGCUCAGCGUGGGCACGGUGGAGUGGGUGGCGCCCACUGA